AUGUCUACGCUGCCAGGCUUCCUGUCCGUGCGCGUGCUGCGAGGGGUAAACCUUGCCAGCCGUGAUGCAAAGGGUAGUGACCCCUAUGUUGUGCUCAACUUGGACGGCCAGAAGCUGAAGACGAGUGUGAUGAAGAAGACGGUUAACCCAGUCUGGAACGAGGAUCUGACCCUGGCUGUCAUGGACGCAUCAGCUCCCAUCAAGCUCGAGGUGUUCGACAAGGACACGUUCAGCAAAGACGACCGGAUGGGCGACGCGGAGUUCGACAUCGAGGCGCUGAUGCAGAUCAUCAAGAUGGACCUGGAGGACAUCCGCAGCGGCACCGUGGUGCGCACCGUGCGUCCCGGCAAGCACUGCUGCCUCGCCGACGAGAGCCACAUCAUCUGGCAGGACGGCCAGGUGGUGCAGGACAUCCUCCUCAAGCUCAGGAACGUUGACACCGGCGUGGUGCACCUCCAGCUCAAAUGGGUCCACAUCCCAGGCUGAUCGAACAAGGUUCACUAGUACCUUGUCAUAUGGAAUUCUUAGUCCAGUUUUGCUCGGCCGAGACUCGAUUUGGUAUUCCAAUGUGAGCAGCAUUGGAACGGAGACAAGCCCCAUCCAUCCCGAAUAUCAAUCAAUACUG